AUGCAAAUUUCCUGCGCUCUUACCGGACUUAGAUCCUUCAAUAAUAAAAGAUAUCAAAUCACGAAUCACAAUUUUAUUAAAAGAUUCCAUCCUAGGUCAUAUUUCACAAGUAACCAUGGAUUAUGCGAGACAGCAAAUGUUCUAUCAACGACCGCGCCUGUUGUAACUUCGACAAAUUUAUGGCGAACAGGCUCUUGUAAUUCAAAUGCCACUAAUACAUACUCGUAUCUUUUCGACCACGAACGAAGAAAAGUUUCUUAUGGAAAUCUUUCUCAGCGACAACAACGUCAAAUUAACACGUGCGCUUCAGCUUCGUAUGAACGUAUUCUUGCUCCGUGGAAUCGUAAUAAUAUUAACAAAAGAAGGGAUAAUUUGAAAUCUAGAUCGAUUAAGACGGUGACUCAGAAUCAAUUCUGGAGUGUUGGCCUGAAUUUUUACAAGUUAUCGUCAAGAAGGCAGCAGCAGUUGAACAAUCUUGCACUAAUUUGUAAAAGUCAUUUACUGACACUAGAGAUUGGUUGCAAACAUUAUAAUGAUCUUUUUUUGUUUGUUAAUUUACGUUCUGGGAAUAAUGUGGCAUACUUUUCCUCGAAAAAUUCUGGAGAUAGCAAAAGUCCAUCAAAACGUGAUAAGAAUGAUAAUAAAGAUAGCUCUACAUCUCAACAGACCAAUGCUGACCCAUUAGGUAGUAAAAAGACCUCAAAGAAGCGUAGUAAAAAUAAAACUGACGACCAAGCCACCCCUUUAACUCAACCGAAUAACGAUGAACCUUCUUCAAAUAAAAAACUAUCAGCUAAAAAACGCGUCAAGGAAUAUAUCAAUGAUCAAGUCACACCUCUAACUCCAACACCACAGGAUAAUAUUGGGCCUCCACAAAAUAAAAAAUCAUCAGUAAAGAAGCGUGUCGAAGAAAGCAGAAUUGAUCAAACUACGCCUCCGUCUCCGCUGGUAAAUAAGCCUCCAUCAAAUAAAAAAUCAUUAGUAGAGAAGCACGUUGAAGAAAGCAGAAUUUAUCAAGCUACGCCGCCUCCUCCAUGUGAUGAUAAUAUUGAGCCUCUGUUAAAUAAAUCGCUAGGAAAGAAGGGUGCAAAAGAAAACAGAGUUGAUCAAGCUACGACCCUGCCUUCACAUGAUGAUAAUAUUGAGCCUCCGUUAACCAAAUCGCUAGGGAAGAAGCGCGUCAAGGAAAGCAGCAUUAAUCAAGCUACACCUCGGUCUCCGCUAGAAAAUGAGCCUCCGUCAAAUAAAAAGUCAUUAGUAAAGAAGCGUAUUGAAAAAAUCCGAAUUGAUCAAGUUACGCUUCCAUCUUCACGUGUUGAUAAUAUUGAGCCUCCGUUGACUAAAUCUUUAGGAAAGAAGGAUGUAAAGGAAAGCGGAAUUGAUCAAGCUACGACUCCGCCUCCACGUGAUAAUAAUAUUGAGCCUCCGUCAAAUAAAAAACCAUCAGUAAAGAAGCGCGUCAAGGAAAGCAGCAUCGCUCCAUUCCCACAGGGUAAAAUGGAAUCUUCAUUAAAUAUAAAUAAGCAAAAAAUAGACACUGAUAGUAUCAGUAGAAAACAAGCGUCUCCAUCAUCUCGAAAGAAGAUCAACACUAAACAAAUGUUAUCGCCCGAAAUUUUAAUAUAUCAACAACUUCAAACUGAAGCAAGCGUUGAAGAAAUCUGGUCAACUUAUUUGCAAUUAGAAGCAACCAGUAAGAUCACAUUAUUGAAGAGGGAAAAUUUUAUUGCAAUUAUAAAUCAAAUUUUAAAAAACUAUAAUUCAUUUGUGGCCCCACCAAAAAUAUCCAAAAUUCUCCAAGACAUGAAAUUGUGCAAAUAUUCAAUUCGGCAGCAUGAGAAAAAUUUAAUAAUAGAAGUAUAUUUGCGCAAUGGAAACUUUAACGAUGCUCGGACAUUAUUUGAUGAAAUUCAUAACGCCAAGAUUGAACGGGAAUUUGAAGCACAAUCUUAUAAUCCAUUUACUAAAGCAGCCAACUUGAUGAUUGAAGCUUACGGAAAAGAAAAAAAUCUCGAUCAAAUAGAUGAGAUUCUAAAAACAAUAAAGAGAAAAAUAAUUCUUCCUGACGUAGGUACAAACAAGAUCUUAAAAGAAGUUGUUUUAAAUAAUAUAGGAAAUGGUUCCUCAGCUUGGUUUGAUCAAUUGGUAAUUCGUCAGCUUGUAAAUUCUGUCUUAGCAAGAGAAAUAUGCAUAGAAUUUGCUAAAAUUGGAAAAUUCAAUGAUGCUCUUGAAUUAUAUGUAAACAUGAAAGCAGUGAAUAUGCAACUGGAACUUGGCGAUUUUUUGACGAUUAUCAAUGAAUUGAAAAAGAGAAACCACGAAAAAGAAGCAUUGGAUAUGAUUGAUGAAUUGGUCUCGUCAAAGUUGGUGUUAAAUCAAGAAGCUUUAGAUAUAAUUUCUGGUUCAUAUUUAGAGGCUAUAAGUCUAGAGAAAGCACACGAUUUCCUUAUUGAAUUGAUAAAAAGAGGAUAUGAUUUGGAUAUUAAAUUUUUCAAUAACUUAAUUCAGAAAUACGCGAGACUCGGAAAAGUUAAUUCAACUCUUUCACUUGUGACCAGAAUGAGAAGCGCUGGAAUUCUACCUGAUUUUGAUACUUAUACUUCGCUGCUUGAAUUAUUCGUAAAAGUCAAUGAUACAAACGCGAUGGAAAAGAUAUUUGCACGAAUGAAGUCAGAAGGAUUUGACGCUAAUCUUGCUAUCUAUAAUUUACUCACGAGAGGAUACGCUCGCUCGUAUGAUGUACAAAAAGCUUUUGAAGUAUGUCGGACCAUGUUGGGUGCGGGAAUCGAGCCGAAUGAAUUCACUUAUAAUGCAUUGAUUUCAUUUUUUGCCGAGAAAUCAGAUCCAAUUGGUGCAACAAUGUUAUAUAAUGAAAUGAAAAAAUUUGAUUUACCAUCAAAUGUCUUUACUUAUACGUCUUUGGUUAAAGCUCAUGCAUGGACAUCUGAUAUACAUGGAGCCGAGAAAAUUAUGCGAAAUAUGAGAAUUGCUGGAGUUGAACCGAAUGCUCCAACUUAUAAUAUUAUAAUGAAUGCACGUUCAAAAAACAGAGAUUUUGAGUCUUGUCAACUAAUAUUCCAAGAAAUGGUUCGAUUGAAUGUACAACCGAAUAAUCACACUUAUAGUUGUUUAAUGGAAGGACUCUGCCGACUUGGAAAUAUGCAAGCUGCAGAAUCAAUUUUAGCAAGACUUAAAAAUACAACUGAUACCAAACCUGAUGUUUUUCAUUAUACAAUGCUGAUGAAUGCUUAUGUUAAACAUAAGAAGCUCGAGAGAGUAUUUGAACUUUAUGAGGAAAUGCUUAAAGAAAAAAUUGAGCCUACCUAUUUCACUUAUGCCAUAUUAAUUAAUGGACAUGCACGAAUGGGAAAUAUCGAAUUCGCGCGUAAACUUUUAUCAGAAUUAAUUGAACAAUCAAAGAAAACCGUCAAAUUAGAGGAUAUCGAAUGGCAAAAUAAAUUACCUGCACAAGCAUUUACACCACUGAUGGAUGCUUAUGCAAAACAAGGACAAUCUGAGAAGGCCAAAGAAAUUUUUGCUGAAAUGCUUUCACAUGGAAUUCGGCCUGAAGGACAUGCAUAUACCAUUCUAAUGGAUGCAUAUCGAUAUGGUGGUGAUUAUCAAGCUGUUUGGCAAAUGUGGCAAAUUCUACGUCAAGAUCCAGAAAUUGGUUAUCUGGAUAUUGCAGAGUCAAGAUCGAAUUUAAGAAGUUUAAAAAUGAGACUAAAAGCGCUGGAAGCAUCAAACAAAAGACUCAUAGAAGGAUCUGAGGAACUUGAAGCUUUACCACUACAACAUCCACCUAGACCACCUCCUCAUGCAUUAUCAAUUCUAAUGGAUGUGUUGAUUACGACACAGAGAUUUGAUAUUGUAGAGAAAGAAUGGCGGAAACUCAAAUCUGAAGGUUUUUCAUUUGACUCGGACAAUUUAAAUUCAUAUUCACGAUCAUUAAUACUUUCCAGGAGAAUUAUAGAAGCAUGUGAUAUAAUAAAACAACGAUUAAUACGAGGAUGGAAUUCACAAUUGGCAUUUUGGCGUCUGGAUACUGAAAGACCAAAGGAAGAACUUAAAUCUCAAAAGCACGAGUUAUUACGAAGAAAACCCAAUCAAUUCUACCCACAGAAAAAAACACUUAUUUUGCUUGGGCAAGUACUUGAAAAGUUAAAAUCGGGAGAAUUGUUAAUAGUUAAUAAUAUGUUAGAAGAAAGUAUUGAUUAUAGAAGUAGGUCAUCAUCCACCACCGCGAAAAUUCUAACAAUGGACGAUAUUAUGCAGAUUUAUCCAGAUAUAGUAACUGCUACUGAAGCAAUAGGCCAAGUAGAGAGAUAUGCACGCAGAGAACAGGAAAGAUAUCAAGUGUAUUAA